AUGAGGUUCCUGAUCCUGUUCCUUGCCCUGUCCCUAGGAGUGAUUGAUGCUGCGCCUCCUGUCCAGAAUCUGGUUGUUGGAGGAUUUAACUGUGAGAAGAACUCCCAACCUUGGAAUGUGAUUGUGUUGACCUUCACUGAAGAUGAAAUAUUUAUAUGCAGUGGUGUCCUGUUGGACCUCAACUGGGUUCUCACGGCUGCCCACUGCUAUAAUGACAGCUCUCAGUACGAGUUAUGGCUAGGCAAAAACAACCUAAUGGAGGAAGAACCCUCUGCUCAGCACCGGCUUGUCAGCAAAGCCAUCCCUCACCCUGGCUUCAACUUUAGUAACAUGAUAGACCGCAGCAAUGACCUGAUGCUCCUCCGUCUCAGCGAGCCUGCUGAAAUCACAGAUGUUGUGAAGCCCCUCGACCUCCCCACUGAGGAGCCCACUGUGGGGAGCAGAUGCCUUGCCUCAGGCUGGGGCAGCAUUACACCCAAAGAGGAGUUCGAAUACCCAGAUGAUCUCCAGUGUGUGUACCUCAAGCUCAUGCCCAAUGAGGUCUGUGCCAAAGGACUCAAAAAGAAGUUGACAGGCACAAUGCUGUGUGCAGGAGACAUGGAUGGAGGCAAAGACACUUGCAAGGGUGACUCAGGAGGCCCACUGAUCUGUGAUGGUGUUCUCCAAGGGAUCACAUCAUUUGGGCCAAGUCCAUGUGCUAAACCACAUGUCCCAUCAAUAUACACCAAACUUAUUAAGUUCAAUGCCUGGAUAAAGGACAUUAUGGCGAAUAACCCCUGA